UUUUGCUCAGGGCCCGCUGAAAGACGCUCCCAACCUGAUCUGCACACCGCACACAGCCUGGUACAGCGAGCAGGCCUCUCUGGAGAUGAGGGAGGCGGCCGCCACCGAGAUCCGAAGAGCCAUCACCGGUCGAAUCCCCGACAGCCUACGAAACUGCGUCAACAAGGAGUUCUUCGUCACCACGGCACCGUGGGCAGUUAUGGAUCAACCAGGGGUUCACCACGAGCUCAACGGCGCCGCCUACAGAUACCCGCCAGGUGUGGUUGGAGUGGCUCCGGGCGGCAUCCCGGGAGCGUUAGAGGGCAUCGUCCCGGGUGGGGUGCCCAUCGCCCAUACCAUGCCCUCUGGUACACACCCCUCCCAGGCCCCGUCGCCCAACCAGCCCUCCAAACACGGCGAAACCAGAGAGCACCUCACCGAGCAAUAGCAGCAGAAGGGAUACGAGCAACGGCGACAUCUCAUCCGACCCGUCGACACUCAGAACCAACGGAACGCAACUGGGACCAAGAGACAGUGAAACGACACAAGCGGCUGCCUGUUCCAUCAGUCAGCAACUGGGAACAGAACGUGUUCCGGGGGAAUUUGUACUUUUAACGUUUUAGUUUUUACUCUCUGUCUCUUUGGCUUCAGUACCGACUUUAAUCUUUCAUGAUGAUGUUGUUUUCUUUUUUUUGUUUUGGUUGGUUUUUCUUCGGGACAUGCCUAUGAUUGUGGACACAGAGUCCAGUGUUUUUAGCUCUCCGGGAUGAUGACCCGAUGAGACUCGGUCCCGACGCCCCCACCCCUUCACCCUCGUCCCUGCCCCUUCACCUCAUGGGAAACGUAGGCCCACGUCUCAACACGACAAGAGCAAAAUAAACUUUGGCAUCAUGUGCUACUGGACCUUAUCCUAAUCAAACCCCCCCCCCCUCAUCAUCCUCCCCGACCACCCUCCCCCACCCACUCCCCUCCUCUGCCCACCUCCUCCCUUAUGUAACUAAUGUGUGUUGUUUAGGCCCCUCAUUACGCCUCAGAAGAGAAUUCUUUUUGUUUUGUGUUUUCUUUUCCAAUCUUUAGUGUGAAUGACUAAAAAUGGAUUAUUGAAGUAAAUAUAUUUAUCAUUCGUCAAACGAAAAGGAAAAGAUUGCUCAUCACUUAAAGUAAUCUAGAGUGGGUUUUAACCCUUUCCUGGCAAUAUAAACACAGCUCGCACGGCUGCGGUUACACGUCUUCACCACUCGGGGGCACUUGUACAUCCUUCUCCUCGUAGGGUUGCUCCAGUACACUUUGUUUGGAGCGCUCUCUGCAGUAAACACUAACAAACACUUUCACUUUAUACGACUGAUUGUAGCUGAAUUUAAAGAGUUGAAGCUUCCAGCUGGGUAUUUAGCGUUUGUUUUUGAAAAUGGAGAGUAGGUGAUGUGUCAGCGUGAGCUGUGAAGAAGAGAGCGUUUAAAAAUAAUCACUGAAAUAAGAAGGCCGGUGUGACAGCGUCUGAUUCUUCUGUGCUGACCAACGGACAUUUCUGAUGGCGGACAGCUCGUCCAAACUUGGCGACGGCGUGCACACCGAGCCUCCCUCCUUUCUUUGAGCACAUUUCACACUCUGCGGACAGGAAAGGGUUAAAGCAAACUUCAUUUCUUAACGACUCAGGAAAAACACUUUUUUGCAGAUAUUGUUUAUUCCCAGAAUUUUGUCUUUGAGGAAAAAAAAGAUUUAAGACUAAUCUAGUCUGGAUAUUUUCUCUCUUCCCUCAUCCUCUCCAUUGUGGUAUUUUUAUAUACAAGGCGCAUCCCAUGUUUUUGGUGUUAAAAGAGUUUUGAAGAGUCCUGUUAGAUUUGUAUUGCCUAGUUGAAUGUUCCUAUAACCAUAGUCCUAUGUGAUCCAACCUCUCUCUUCUCUCCUUCUUCUAUUUUCUUUGUUCUAUUGAAGGCCAGGUUCUAUUUGGGGGCAUCCUGUACUCUGUAAGAGCAAUAGCAGAAACUCCUACUUAGUGUCCCAAACAAUAGCAGAAGAGGCAGCCGGGAGUAUGUUUUUGUUUUUAGUGUGAGUAUUUGUAUUUGUUUCUUGUACAAGGUGAACAUUUAGCAUUCAGUGCAGUUUAAAUAAAAAGAUACAAUACUUUG